CCAAUCGGCCUCCCAGCCCUCCUACGCAGGAGCCGAGUUGUUGAAGAAGUUCACCGACGAUAACGCCCAGAAAUUGGUGGAUGUGUCGAAGGUGUUAGUGAUUGGAUCCGGUGGUUUGUCCAUUGGUCAAGCCGGUGAAUUCGACUACUCUGGUUCGCAGGCCAUCAAGGCCUUGAAAGAGGCCAACAAGAAGUCGGUGCUUAUCAACCCCAACAUCGCCACCAACCAGACCUCCCACUCGUUGGCUGACGAAAUAUACUACCUUCCAGUGACUGCUGAGUACAUCACCUACAUCAUCGAAAGAGAGAGACCAGACGGAAUCUUGUUGACCUUUGGUGGUCAGACUGGGUUGAAUGUCGGUGUCAAGUUGGACAAGAUGGGUGUGUUUGAAAGAUACGGAGUCAAGGUUUUGGGUACUCCUAUCAAAACUUUGGAAACUUCUGAAGAUCGUGAUUUGUUCGCUCAGGCAUUGAAGGAAAUCGAUAUUCCUAUUGCCGAGUCCAUUGCUGUUGAAACCGUCGACGAUGCAUUGGCUGCUGCCUCCAACGUCGGCUACCCUAUCAUUGUCAGAUCUGCCUACUCCUUGGGAGGUUUGGGCUCGGGAUUUGCUGCCAACCCUGAAGAAUUGAAGAACUUGGCCUCCCAGUCGUUGUCUUUGGCCCCACAAAUCUUGGUGGAAAAGUCGUUGAAGGGCUGGAAGGAAGUCGAGUACGAAGUCGUUCGUGACAGAGUCGGAAACUGUAUCACUGUGUGUAACAUGGAAAACUUUGAUCCUUUGGGUAUUCACACUGGUGACUCCAUCGUGGUUGCUCCUUCCCAGACCUUGUCCGAUGAAGAGUACCACAUGUUGAGAAGUGCUGCCAUCAAGAUCAUCAGACACUUGGGUGUUGUUGGUGAGUGUAACGUCCAGUACGCUUUGCAACCCGAUGGCUUGGACUACAGAGUCAUUGAAGUCAACGCCAGAUUGUCCAGAUCUUCUGCUUUGGCCUCCAAGGCCACUGGUUACCCAUUGGCCUACACUGCUGCUAAGAUUGCUUUGGGCCACACCUUGCCUGAAUUGCCCAACCCUGUCACCAAGACCACCUCUGCCAACUUCGAGCCAUCUUUGGACUACAUGGUCACCAAGAUCCCAAGAUGGGACUUGGCCAAGUUCCAACAUGUCAAGAGAGAUAUCGGCUCGGCCAUGAAGUCUGUUGGUGAAGUCAUGGCUAUCGGUAGAAACUUCGAAGAAUCCUUCCAAAAGGCCAUCAGACAAGUUGACCCAUCGUACAUCGGAUUCCAAGGUGACCACUUUGAAGACUUGGACUUCGAAUUGGCCAACCCAACUGACAGAAGAUGGUUGGCAGUCGGCCAGGCCUUGCUCCACGAAAACUACACAGUUGACCAAGUUCACGAGCUCAGUAAGAUCGACAAAUGGUUCUUGCACAAGUUGAUGAACAUCGUCAACAUGUACAGAGAAUUGGAAAGCGUCGAAUCGUUGGAAAAUAUCAACAGUGAUCUCAUGAGAAGAGCCAAGAAGUUAGGUUUCUCUGACAAGCAGAUCGGUUUGUGUGUUGGUGCUAAGGAAUUGGAAGUCAGACAAGCCCGUAAGGACUUCGGCAUCAUUCCAUUUGUUAAGAAGAUCGACACCUUGGCCGCAGAAUUCCCUGCCAACACCAACUACUUAUACACCACCUACAAUGCCACUUCUUCCGACUUGGAAUUUAACGAACAAGGUACUUUGGUCCUCGGAUCUGGUGUCUACCGUAUUGGUUCCUCUGUCGAGUUCGACUGGUGUGCUGUUUCCACUGCCAGAGCUUUGAGACAAGCCGGAAGAAAGACCAUCAUGAUCAACUACAACCCAGAAACCGUGUCCACUGAUUUUGACGAAGUCGACAGAUUGUACUUCGAAGAAUUGUCCUUGGAAAGAGUGUUGGAUAUCUACGAGUUGGAAACCGCCCAAGGCGUGGUUGUCAGUGUCGGAGGUCAAUUACCUCAAAACAUCGCCCUUGACUUGCAAAACCAAGGAGCCAAGGUCUUGGGUACCAACCCUGAAGAUAUCGACAAGGCUGAGGACCGUCACAAGUUCUCUCAAAUCUUGGACUCCAUUGGUGUUGACCAACCUAAGUGGAAGGAGUUGACCUCUGUGCAAGAAGCCGAGGCUUUUGCUGAUGAGGUUGGCUACCCUGUGUUGGUCCGUCCAUCUUACGUCUUGUCUGGUGCUGCUAUGUCUGUCAUUAACAGCAAGAGUGAAUUGGAUGCCAAGUUGUCCAAUGCUUCCAAGGUCUCCCGUGACCACCCAGUUGUCAUCUCCAAGUUCAUCCAGGGUGCUCAAGAAAUCGAUAUUGAUGCUGUUGCUGCUGACGGAAAGGUUUUGGUUCAUGCCGUUUCCGAACACGUCGAAAACGCUGGUGUUCACUCUGGUGACGCUACCUUAGUGUUACCUCCACAAGAAUUAUCCCAACAAACCUUGAACAGAUUGAAGGAAAUUGCUGACAAGGUUGCUUCUGCCUGGAAAAUCACUGGUCCAUUCAACAUGCAAAUCAUCAAGACCGAUGCCGACGAGUUGAAGGUCAUUGAAUGUAACAUCAGAGCCUCCAGAUCGUUCCCAUUUGUCUCCAAGGUUUUGGGUACCAACUUCAUUGACGUUGCCGUCAAGGCUUUGAUCAAGGAAGGUGUUCCUCAACCAGUGGACUUGAUGGCCAAGGACUACAACUACGUUGCCACCAAGGUUCCACAAUUCUCUUUCACCAGAUUGGCUGGUGCUGACCCAUUCUUGGGUGUUGAGAUGUCUUCCACUGGUGAAAUUGCCUGUUUUGGUAAGGACUUGGUCGAAGCCUACUGGACUUCUAUCCAAUCCACCAUGAACUUCUCUGUUCCACAACCGGGACAAGGUUUGUUAUUUGGUGGUGACUUGACCAACGAUAAGUUGGGCAAUGUCGCUAAGACUGUCAGUGGCUUAGGCUACAAGUUCUUCGCCGCUUCUUCUCCAGUUGCUGAAUACUUGAACAACUACGUUUCCGAAUCUGUGGAAAUUCUUGAUUUCCCCAAGACCGACAAGAGAGCCUUGAGAGAAAUUUUCCAAGAGCACAAGAUCGGUGGUGUGAUCAACUUGGCCAAGGCUAGAGCCGAGGACUUGUUGGACGAAGAUUACGUGAUGAGAAGAAACGCCAUUGAUUUUGGUAUCGCCUUGUUCAACGAACCAAACACCUCUCAAUUGUUUGCUGAGUGUUUGAAGGUCAAGAUUGGAACCAAGCAACCUUUUGACAAGGUUCCAGAAGAGGUUGUUGUUCCAGGAGAGGUUCAAAGAUGGAGUGAGUUUAUUGGCGGCAAGCCAGUGUAAAUACCUGGGUCAAGACACCCAGUUACGAUUUAUAGAAAGAGUUGUAUGUAUGAGAAUAAU